UAAAGUCUCCUCUUAUUUUUCUUAAAGCACACAAACUACAGAGUUGUGCAGUGAGUCAACGUGUUAUUAAACAACAUAUCAUGUGACCCAGAUGUUGACCCGGAGAUAAUGGAGGAGUCAACUUGAUGGAGGUUUUGUGACUUUGUGGUGUUUUCCUCCUGCAGGCUGUCCUGUCGUCUCACUCCUCCCCUGUUUGAUCCACAUGGACUCGGCCAUCUCCCACCACAACAAGCUGCAGACUGCUCACACCUCUCAGGACAACGACCCCAAACACACAGCCAAAGUCAUUAGGAACUAUCUUCAGUGUAAAGAAGAACAAGAAGUACUGGAAGUGAUGGUACGGCCCCCACAGAGCUCUGAUCUUAACAUCAUCGAAUGUGUCUGGGAUUACAUGAAGAGACAGAAGGGGUUGAGGAAGCCUGUAUCCACAGAAAAUCUGUGGUUAGUUCUCCAAGAUCUUUGGAACAACCGACCAGCUGAGUUCCUUCAAAAUGCGACUUUAAGGACCCGCUGCCUUAAUCUUCUGGGCUUCCAGCAGUUUAUGGAAGACAGUGAAAUGACCUCUGACCUGAUGGACGAGGGAAAGGAGCUGAACCGCCAGGAAAGUCAUCUGCUGGGAGAAGAAACAACAGUGAAACGGGAAGUACAAAGAAGCUGCUCAUCACUGGAUAUUCUGCUUAAGAUUGAAGAUUGAACAUCUGCCUCCCAGCAGGUCAGUAAAACCGAGACAGCUCUUCAGAAUCGGCGACAACAUCUCCAGCACCAUCAGACUGAGAACAGGAGCUCCUCGAGGCUGUGUUCUCACCCCGCUGUUGUUCGCUGUCCUGACACUGCACUGCUCUACACAGCUCCAACCACAUCAUCAGGUUCGCUCAUCAGCAACGACGACGAGUCG